AUGAGCUUUCUCACGGACGGAUUGAUGAACGAUAUGGUGGGUGGGCAUAUGGCAAACAAUGGCAUACAGGGACUACCUGUGGGUGACAAUGACUCAUUGUCCCUGGUAGUCCCUACUAUCUCUCAAGCGCAGGAUGGCAUGCAUGCCAAUCAUCUUGAUUCUAUUCUGUCACAACUUGUGACUGCAGUUGAAACGAAACUGUCACAGCAAGAUGCAGCUCAUCUUUAUGAGAUGAAAGACCUGCUCAAUGCCAGCCACAACAGACUUAUCAGGAUGAUUCAGCACCAGAUUGAUAUCAUAGAGUAUCCAUCUCAUUCGCCCGGUUCGUCUGACUCGCCUGGCAGCCCGCACAAUGGAUACAACUACGUCUGCAAACUCUGCCCCAAUGGAAAGCGCAAAUCUUAUACGGAUCGAGGUAACUUCAGGCGUCACGUCUCGGACCAACAUCACUCUGAAUUUCGCUACCUGUGCCUGAAUUAUCCAAAUUGCCGCUGGUCAGCACACAGGCGGGAUAAGGUUUAUCACCACAUGAGGAUCCAGCAUAAAUUUUUUAGAGCGUCUCGGGAGCAGGCAAAUCGAAGGAGAAUUAGACAGACCCCACCACGCCAAUGUGGGCUAUGUUUACAGCCUGUAAAUUGCUGGGCGGAGUACUUCAAGUGCGUUGCCAACCAUUGUCGUGUCAGGAAAGUCGGUUCGACCAAUUCAAGCGCAAGCCAGAGUAGACGGGGCAGCGAUGAUCGCGGAGGAGGGGGCAAUAACGGACCUGGCUUCGGUGGGAAUUUCUUCCCUGGAGGUGGUUUCGGUCAAUUUGGUCCACACCAGUUCUACCCUGGCAACAAUGGGGGUUUUCCUUCGACUGGUGGCGGUCAGAAUAAUGGCCAUUAUGGUAACAGUUUCUCUGGCUACAGGGGCGCUACAAACCGAGAUGACGAAGAGUCUACCUCAGGCUACUCCUCCGGAGAAGCUGAUGCUGUCUCAGAUAUAGCUCCAUCAUCGUCUUGCUGCUCCAGCGACGUACCACACACGGUGGAAGUUCCUGCCCCAUCUAAUAUCACAAGCCAGCAUUUGGCACUGAUGCAGAUGGCAGAGAGAGCUGAAAGCUGCGACUCGGUCUCCCACGGCGAGGAUUGCCCGCCACCCACACCUGGUGAAACGGAGAUAAGCAACCCGGGCGACAAAGCUUAUCGCCGUAUAUCACGGCCUUCCAGUAGCACGGAUCUAACCCCCAAGCGGGGCUUCCCUCCUAUGACUGAUGAUAGUUCCGAGAAGCGGUGUCAAGGCUGUGGACACACUUUCGACGAUUGCGAUAAGUGUCGUCGUCUAAAGGGAACUUCCUUCCAGUGCCACUUGUGCACAGACAGUAGCUGCAAGCUCCAUGCUUUUGAGGGUGACCUCAAAGGAAGCGGAGAACCGCAAAGCUGCAGGCAGGUAACUGAUGAAGGUGAUGUAGGUGUUCUUGCGCACCCACUCCGGGCUGAUCAUUGUUCCCUGUCGCCAACUGAGCACCCUCUGGAGUCUCCGUCUCUCGGUGAUUAUGAUCGGCAUACAAAACCUGAAGAAGGUUGUCAUCUUGGAGCUCGAAAAUCAUCGGGUGGCCAUAACCUUGGCUUGGGAGCUUCCAAUGAUGGGGAAGUACAUUCUGGCAGCCCUGGUUCUCUUAGUCGGGAUUCGCCUUUUGGCUUUGAAGUGACUUGCUCCCCGAUAAGUCUGGACACUUCAUAUUGCCAAGCGCUACCUUCUCUGGUCACCAAAGUACCACGAGAAGGAAUUGAAGCUGCCGAUGGAUAUGGAAGCGGUAAGCUAAUGAUGACCGAGGAGUUGAAACAAACACUCGAUAUAUUGUCUGUUGCGGAGUCGACAUAUCAGUCGUACGAAAUCCUCUCAUUCUGUGUCCUGAGUGCAGUGCAAGAGUUCUUCGACCAGAUGCUUGUCUCUUGGCUCGUCUGCGAGGCCGCCCUACUAAAAUCAGUGUCAUUGUCGUACUGUAUCGGUGGAAAGGGCAUUUCCUGGGAACGAACCGAGUCCGCUAUUAGUCGGCGCUACCUACCCUUUCCAUGGGAAAGGAUUUGUUACCAAUCCACAGCUAGACGAAUUCCGCGGAGAAAGCAUUCACUGCUGCGAACGAAGCUACAAGUGAUCUCCGGGGUUCUCAUACUGCGUGCCACUGUUAUGAAGAGGAAGCCAUCGAUGAAUUCAUCCACAGACACUUCCGCAGAAGUUUCCGAGCCUAGCAAGGUAGGCACUGAGCUCCAGGUAAUUGAACCAGGUAUCCAUGCGGCUCCAUCUAUCGAAGUGAUGUUCAGCCGAGGCACAGAGGUGGUAGCGGACGCAUUCUCCAGCUUGAUCACCGGCGUCAUGUCUGCAACAGAAGAAGAGAUGGAAUACUUCAAGCCCCUAUCCGCGCAUAUUUCGAAUCUCUUCACAAGGGGAUCGUGGCUGGGAGAGGAGAGCCUGACUGAGUGA